GCCAUGCUCUUCAAGUCUCUAGCUCGCCCUCUAGUACCUCCUCCGGACGACCUUACCGUCCCGCAGUUUAUCUUCGAUGAUGUGCUACAGCAUUCGACCUACACCAAACGGCCAGCAAAUAUACCUUGUCUCAUAGACGAGGAUAAUGGUCGAGAAGUCACUCUAGAUGAUCUUCGACAUAGAACAGAUGAUCUUGCCCGCACUCUCCGUACCGUUCAUGGCAUUGGACGGGGCGAUGUCGUCGCAUUAAUUGCUCCGAAUCACGUGGACUAUCCUGUCUGUGUGUGGGCUGUCCACAGGCUUGGAGGUAUAGUCGCCGCUAUGAGCCCAGGUUUAACGCGGGAGGAAAUGAUUCCACUGCUUCGGAUCUCAAAGCCAACCUUCUUCAUUGGUCACCUCGAUAACUUCGACACUGUAUGUUCCUCUGCUCGUACGGUGGCCAAGAGCCCUCCAAUACUCGUGCUGGAUGGAGAGCAUGUCCAACCAGCCCAGGAGAACGCAUCGACCCUCACAGCCUUGAGCAUUCAUCAUGCUAUCCAGCACGGUGCAUAUCUUCCAGCUUUCGAUGAGUUUAAACUUAGAGGAGGAGAAGCAAAGACAACCAUUGCUUUUCUCUGCUUUUCUUCUGGAACGACAGGCCAACCGAAGGCUGUAGCGAUCUCUCACUUCAACGUCAUGUGCAAUGUCAUCCAGACGGCUACCUUCAACUGGGUUAAUGAAGAGUAUUGCCCGUUAGCGGACCGCAGGUUUCGUCCCGGAGAUGUUUGUACUGGUGCUGCUGCACCCAUAUCUGCCGAGCUGACGACAGAACUUCUUAAUGUCAUGCCCGACAUACACCUUGGUCAAGGCUACGGCAUGACCGAGAGCUGCGCUGCGGUAAGCAUGUUCCCCAUCUCUCAGAAGGUGGGUACGCUGGGCAGUGGCGGCCAGCUUGUUUCUGGGACCGUGGCAAGGGUGGUCAAGACUGACGGGUCCAUGGCUGGAUUCGACGAGCGAGGGGAGCUCUGGGUAAAGGGCGGGCAAAUCGCCCUCGGGUAUUAUGGAGACGAAGUUGCAACGAAAGAAUCUUUCAUCGACAGUUGGUACCGUACCGGCGACGAAAUCAUCAUGCGAGAGAACGGUGAUAUAUUUAUCACAGAUCGAAUCAAGGAGCUCAUCAAAUCAAAGGGUUUCCAGGUCGCCCCAGCUGAGUUAGAGGGUCACUUACUCACGCAUCCCGACGUGGCGGACGCCGGCGUCAUUGGCAUCCCGGACGACUAUGCCGGGGAGGUUCCUCUUGCGUUCAUAGCUCUGCGACCUGCCACCGCUGCCAAUAUCGCUGCAGACCAGAGUGGUGCGGCAGAGAAGGCGGUUCGCAAGAGUAUUUUCAAGCACGUCUCUCAGGCCAAGUCGAGUUACAAAUGGCUUACGGGCGGGAUUGUGUUCGUCGAAGCAAUCCCGAAGAGUACGAGUGGGAAAAUUCUACGUCGUGUGCUGAGGGAGCAUGCAAAGAGUUUCGGGUGUCAUGGCGAUCCUCCUGCAAAAUUGUAGUCUCCUCACCUCCAGAUGUCACAUCUUUUGCUUGCACCAUGCGUAUACAACAACGAAGAUGUAGUAGACAAAUCCCGAAUGCACUGGAAAAAUACCUUGAAAUAUCGUCGUCUCUCCCUUCGGUCGCCGCAUCGUUACGGUGGCACACAUUCUCACAUAUUCCCUAUCCUUGCACCGUCUUGAAGUGCUCGCGCCUAUGCGAAUGGUACAUAUACCUACCCC